AUGAUCGAGCCAACCGGAGUCGAAACAGCCGCGUACGAACGUAUGAAGCUACUGCGAGAGCAGUUCGGUUGCUCCCUGAUUCAACCGACUUUCCUGAACGGACGUUCACGUCUGAAUAAGUUCAACAGUCAUAUCGGGAAACAGGUAAACUUGACGGUGGAUGGCGUGCGGGUGAUGGAGAAGAAGUCUACCCUGACGAGGUAUCGUAACUUCAAGAGGAUCAGAGGAAUGGCCAAGACUUCCAGCUUCCGCGGUGUCGAUCUCACGGGCAAGAACCUUUCGGGAUCUCCCUCGAUGCUGUCGAUGAGGGAACGCAAACUUGACGAUUCCAUCGGCGAAGCGGCCGCGGGAAAAAUGUUCCGCGCAGUCGAGUAUCGUCAGGGCGAGGAAGCGAGCUCACCGGCCUAUUCGUCGCUCAUCGACGGGAAUGAUCUUCAAAUGGGUCAGCGAAUCGGCCAGGGAUGCUUCGGAACAGUCUUCGAAGCCAAACUGACGACGGAGCACGGCGAGACUCGAAGCGUUGCAGUGAAGAGAGUCGAUCCUGAUGCUGACCGAUUUGCCGUGGAAGAUUUCGAACGCGAAAUCGCCAUCAUGUCGCAGCUCGAGCAUCCGAACAUCGUGAGGGUCAUUGGACUCGUCAACGACGGCGGAAUGCUCAUGGUCAUGGAGCUCAUGGGCUUCGGUUCUCUGCCAGACUACCUCCACGCCAAUCACAAUCACGACCUGCUGGGGAAAGAAGAGCUGAUAAAAUUCGGCUGCGACAUCGCGACUGCGAUGGAGUCCCUUGGGCAGAGGGAGAUCGUCCAUCGGGAUCUCGCAGCGCGGGACAUCCUGGUAGACUCUGAUUCAUGCGCCAAGUUGAGCGAUUUCGGGCUCGCUCACUCCUUGAAAGAGGAAGACACUCUUCCGACCAAGUUCUUGGACCGCUGCUUGCCAGUCGAAUGGCAGGCUCCGGAGUCCAUCUUGCUCGACAUAUUUUCCACGAAGAGCGAUGUCUGGAGCUUCGGGGUCCUCCUCUGGGAAACAUUCACAUUCGGUCAGGAUCCCAUUUUGAUGUAUUCGAUGGAUCCGAGGGAAAUCGGAAUGGCACUCAUGGAUGGCGAUCGUCUGCCGUGCCCUAUCGACUGCCCCACCGAUGUAUAUGAUGUCAUGCAAGAGUGCUGGGACUCGGACUACAACUCGAGACCCAGCUUUGCAAUCAUCUUGCACAGGCUUCGAAAAAUUAUCGGAUUCGCUGAGUAGGUAGAUCGUUCAAUUCGAAUUGUAUCCCAUCAAAUAAACAAUGCGGA